GCCGUAAAGAAAAAACCAACUAACGGUACCUGUUGACUGGCCACCUCUGUUUCCAGGUGUGUGGAGGGACAAGUGAAGAGGUAGAAAAUGUCUGAGCUAAGUGACGAAGCCAGCGAAUCAGAGCAACUGGGUGCCAGCCUCUCCCUGUGGCUGGGUGACUCCCUGUUGCGACUUGAGGAGCUGGACGUUCCUCUGGACCUCCACACUGCCUGCUCCAUCGGCCAGUACGACGUGGUGGCAGAGUGUAUCAAAAAACGUGAGGUGGACCUGAAUGGCAAGAACAUCGGAGGAUGGACCCCGCUGAUGUAUGCAUCUUACAUCGGCCAUGACAACAUCGCAAAUCUCCUGUUGGAGGCGGGUGUGAAUGUAAAUGCUACCACUGCCAAAGGAUUAACCCCCUUGAUGCUGGCGGCGAGCUGUGGGAAUGAAAGUAUCGCAUACUUUCUGCUUCAGCAAGGUGCCCAGUUGGAGCUGAAGGACUCUCGAGGCUGGACCGCUCUGUUCCACUGCACAAGCACAGGCCACCAGCAGAUGGUCCGGUUCCUGCUGGAUAACAAUGCUGAUGCCAAUGUCAAGGAGCCAGGGUCUGGUUUCACUACCCUGAUGGAGGCUGCUGCUUCAGGACAUGAAAUCAUUGUUCAGUACCUGCUUGAUCAUAAAGUUAAAGUGGAUGACCGUAACAAUAAAGGAGAGACGGCCCGUGCCCUAGCCAUGGUAUACGGCUAUACCAAACUUGUCAGCCUCAUUGACUCACGUUCUCCAAGGACCAAACCAGGACAUUUUGAAGACCUGAGCUCCUCCGAGGACUCGGACAGCGCACCCCCGCGGAUAAGGCCAAGUCGGAACCGAGCUAAAGGCGUUAGCAUCCACGAUGGGCCCCAGGCCAUUGCCAAGUUCCGAGUAGGAGGCACCAGCAAACAGUGUGAGCCUCCUGCAGCGCCGCCUAGCAACAUGACAUUUCGUGAUAUUGGUGAAAAAAGUGAGGAUAUCUGCUAUCGUGACGUGACCUCACCCAUAAAUGAGCUGGACGGCCAGAGCAAUAGCAGCAGAGAUGACAGUCCAUUCUUUGAAAACGACAUGCCCACCAUGAGGAGCAGCAGUAGCAGCAGCGAAGGCCUGCCUCAAGUGAUUGGCCUCAACUGGGAAGGCUCAGUGGAGAGUAACGAGGACUCUGACCAGUGCAAAAAGAGCAGCUCUCGCCGAGUAAAUAAGGGCCAUUACUCAAAAGGCAAGAGUCGGCAUGGAAGCAACGAUGCAGCUCACUCAAGUGGUAAAGGGAACUGUGGGCUGCUCUCACAUAUUGGUCUUCCACCCUCCUACACUGGUCCAAAGGAUCUGGCCGAGUUCUUGGAACAAAUUGGCUUUUCUAAGUAUCUCCCCGUCCUUGAAGAGCAAGACAUUGACCUGCGGAUAUUUCUCACCUUGACUGAAAAUGACCUCAAAGAAAUAGGGAUCACAUUGUUUGGACCCAAGCGCAAGAUGACCUCGGCUAUAGCAAGAUGGCACAGCAGUGCUCGACCACCCAGCGAUGCUCUGGAACAGGCUUAUGCUGACCAGCUCGAAGCAGAGAUGCAGGAGAUGGCCAUUCAGCUACACAAACACUGUGAGGAGGCGGAUAGCCUUCGGAGCCAAGUGUCUCAGGAGAAGGAGCUGCGUACAGUGAUGGAGGGAUGUCUGAUGGAGGACAAGAUGGCAUGGAGGAGGGUUCAUGAGGAGCUGGUGGAGAACCACCGGCUUGCUCAGGACAUGAGCGCAACACUGGCAAAGUCUAGGGCCUGCAGCGCUGAACUGCUCUCCUGUUUCACUGCUGACGGGAAAAGCAGCUCACAUACUGCCGUGGAAGAUGAAACGAAAGAUGACCACGGUGUUAAAACAGUGGAGGGCUUUACACGCUCCAGUGUUGCAGAGUUACAAAAUAAGUUUGCUUCCUAUGAAGAAGAUCUGGCGGGGACCCUGCAAACUGUGCUUCACAGUCUGAGGCGACUGAGUGCCCCCGAAAAAGUAUCUGAUAGCUGGGAACAGCCUUAACGUUUACAGGAGGCUUUUUGCCAAUAUUUGACGGAGGGUGAUCUUACCACCCUGAACUACUCACUGAAAUGAGAGGAGGCCAAAGACGGGGCCUGCCCUGCCGGACCAGAGCGCCUCAGGGAGUGAAACAAAUGACCUGCUGCUCCUCCCGGAUUGGCUGAUGGACCAGAGCUCGCCAGAUGUGGACUAGGUCAAGGGUGAUGGCAGCUACUGCAGUGAAAUGACAAACAUGAAGGAAGGGUACCUGACCCUCACACGCCUGUCCUGGUGUAUGCUGGACUCCAGUAGCUGUGUUGAGAGUGAAGGGGACUGAUCGUGCAUCAGAGGCUGUCAUACUGUGAAAUGUUUCUAGAAAAACUGUACUCUCUUCCUGUAUGAAAUGUGGUUAAAAUUAUGUUUGUGCCACAAGCCGAAGAGGAGUCACAGUAAAAAGACAUUCUGCAGAGUUAUUGGAAUGACAUCUUAUUUGUAUGCUGUUUGAAAAUAAUGUCCUGCUGAAUGCAUUUAGGAGAAAUGUGUGAAAUCUGCAAUUUACAUUUACAGCAAUACAUUAUGUUAAAACAGAUUUGUCAAUGGUGCAAUGAAGUGGUUAGUAUAUCAUUCAGAUUCACUUUUAACAUAAUACCUAAAUGUGAUCCAUUUUACCCAAAAAUUCUCCCAUAUCUUACAAAUGCCAGAUAGUCUUGGUUGUAUUAAAGCCUUGUUUCCU